CGGGAAAGCACCGUGUCGGAGCUCGAGGGGUGAAAGACAAACGUUGGCCUGACCCUGGUCAUUAGAAAUCAACUGACAACAGGAAGGAAGCUUAUUAACCCCUCUGCUCCCCCUCCCUUUUCCCGGGGUGGGAAUCGGCUCCUCCUCCUCCUGGUCGCGCGACCCUGGUGUAAAAUGCAAGCAACCGCCUGCUUUCCGCACCCUGCCCUGCUCUCCCCGCGGAGGAAGAGGGACGAGGGGAGGGCGUAGCCCAAAGCCGCAAGUCUGUCACCCCAGCGUGAACAUCCCGAGCUAGACGACCUGAACCCCACGACUCUUGCCCCGUCCGGGCGCCCCGUUUACCUACGUCUCUGCGGGGUUUGCGCCCAGCACCCCAACUCCCAGCUUGAUUCCCCCCAGCCCCAAGACGCCCGCAACCCCUGUACCGCGCGCAGGUGGUGCAAACGCCCCUGCCCUUCGGCGCCCCCUGCCGGGAGAGGGAAGGCGGCGGCCGCUGCGGAGGAGCUGGGCCCAGGGCCGGGAGAGAGCGCCGGCGGCGGGAAGAAGCCGGGAGCUUCCCUGAUGGUGCCGCCGCCUCCGAGCCGGGGAGGGGCGGCGAGGGGGCAGCUGAGCAGGAGCCUGGGUCCGCUGCUGCUGCUCCUGGCGCUGGGACACACGUGGAGCUACCGAGAGGAGUCGGAAGACGGCGACAGAGAAGUCUGCUCAGAAAACAAAAUCGCCACGACCAAGUACCCGUGUCUGAAGCCUUCGGGCGAGCUCACCACGUGUUUCAGGAAAAAGUGCUGCAAGGGGUAUAAAUUUGUUCUUGGACAGUGCAUCCCAGAAGAUUAUGAUGUGUGCGCCGAGGCUCCCUGUGAACAGCAGUGCACAGACAACUUCGGCCGAGUGCUGUGUACUUGCUACCCAGGAUACCGUUAUGACCGGGAGCGACACCGGAAGCGGGAGAAACCGUACUGCCUGGAUAUCGACGAGUGUGCCACCAGCAACGAGACGCUGUGUGCGCACAUCUGCAUCAACACCUUGGGCAGCUACCGCUGUGAAUGCCGGGAGGGCUACAUCCAGGAGGACGAUGGGCGGACGUGCACCAAGGGAGACAAAUACCCCAAUGACACCGGGCACGAGGAGAAGUCCGAGAACGCGGUGAGAGCUGGGACCUGCUGUGCCUCGUGCAAGGAGUUUCACCAGAUGAAGCAGACGGUGCUGCAGCUGAAGCAAAAGAUUGCCCUGCUCCCCAACAGUGCUGCUGGCCUGGGCAAGUACGUCACUGGUGACAAGGUGCUGGCCUCAAACACCUACCUUCCAGGACCCCCUGGCCUGCCUGGGGGCCAGGGCCCUCCCGGCUCACCAGGACCAAAGGGCAGCCCAGGCUUCCCCGGCGUGCCAGGCCCUCCUGGGCAGCCUGGCCCACGGGGCUCAAUGGGACCCAUGGGACCAUCUCCUGAUCUGUCCCACAUUAAACAAGGCCGGAGGGGCCCUGUGGGUCCACCAGGUGCACCAGGAAGAGAUGGUUCUAAGGGGGAGAGAGGAGCGCCUGGACCCAGAGGGUCUCCAGGACCCCCUGGUUCUUUCGACUUCCUGCUGCUUAUGCUGGCUGACAUCCGCAAUGACAUCGCGGAGCUGCAGGAAAAGGUGUUCGGGCACCGGACUCACUCUUCUGCUGAGGAGUUCCCUUCACCUCAGGGAUCUUCCAGCUAUCCAGAAGCCAUGGGCUUCGGCUCUGGAGACGACUACCCGAGAAGAACUGAGACAAGAGACUUGGGAGCCCCCGGAGACCUUUACCCUUAGCACAUCCCAGCAUCUUCGUGCCAAAGGAAGAGGAGAGAAGAGUGUUUCCACCUGCAGUUAGAUCGUCUAAAGAAAAAAGCAGACACCACUGGAGACCCAGAAAAGAUAGAUUUUUAUUUCUUUACUCUUUUCCCGCCUUCUCUCUGCUUCUCUUCUUCCAAAUACUAUCAUCAGAGUCCCCUGCCACACCCACUAAAAACAGGAGGGAGUGAAGGACUGAUGUGCAUGCUUCCUGCUGAGAGCCAGGUGGGGUGGUCUACAUUGGAACUGGUCUUUUACUCCUUUUUUUGUCAGGAACUUCUGGAUUUCUGAAUUAAGUGUCUCGCAGUGUCUUAAAAUUUGGCAGAAUAUCAAAAGGGGAAAAUGGCAAGGGGAGCUCUAAGAAAAUAUGAGUUUGCUUAUAAAAGAAAAAUAGAUAUGUGUCCAAAGUAGAUUAUUACUCUUCAGUAUCACAAUGAAGCCUCUUCAAUUAAAAGGGGGAGACCACGAUGUAUAUUUACUUUGGUGGGUAAUUCUUUUUCCUUGUCAACCCAAUAGAUUUUAAAUAUUCUAUCCUUUUGUCCAACUGUGUUUCCCAAUUUUGAUUAAAGAAAGGAGAAAAGAAGAGGUGGAGAUUAGAGAAGAUAGAGGAAGAUUACAGUCAUAUAUUUCUGUCAUAUAGGUUGCCACAUUUUAAAAUUCAAAUAUGCCUAUUAAGGCUCUUGCCAUGCUUAUCUAUAAGGAAAGUUAUUCUGGCUAUCGGAAUAAAUCCUCUUUUCAAAACAAAAUAAGUGGAUACAGUGCCCUGAUUCACAUUAGAACAAUGGGCUCCUGGUUUGCCAGGAUAUUUUAAAGCUCUUUGAUCAAGUGAGCAGUCUUGGUCUGUAAAGCACAGACUAUUGUUAACUAAGAGUGGCUGACCCUUAGGGAGAGGUGCAGAAUGGCCAGGCCGUGACCGGGCACCCAGAAGGUGCCGUUAGCCCGUGAUCCAGGUUGAACGGUGUACAGUGGAGCUCCGGGCUGGAAGGAGGUUGCUGGCUUGGGUUCUUGGUGAGCCGGGAGCAGGGACCCCACUGAAUCAGCAGAGGCAGGUAAAUUUGCUCCUUGGGAAUUAGAAGUCCUUGUGUGGGGCCAGCCAAGCUUGCCAUCAUAGAGAAUCAUACACUAUUGAAAGUUCUCUUGGAUGGGGAGGGAAAAACCAAGUUUUCCUUGUUUGGCAGAAAUUUCCUUCCCGUUAUUCCCAUUUUUCCUUAGUUUCCAUAAUUUAGUCCACAUUCUAGUUCUUUCAGGACUUCUCCUGGAUUUCCCUUCAGCAACAGUGGGAAGCAAUCGGGAAAGGGGUAUCUUCCCAAACCUCCCACCGAACCAGUGUUUACUCAACACCCCUGGGUCCCAGAGGGAAGCAUGUUCUGGAAAAGGCUUUCUCUGGAUCCACAGACACAGGAGCGAGAUUGAGAGUGAGUGUUCCAGAGACCAGCAGGAGCGUCUGCUCCUUUGUCAUAUUGUUGGGGAACCUCUUGGUUUUAAUGAGCAGCUUACAGGUUUCUUCAAGUCCACUUUCUCAUUUGACAUCAGAAUGGCUGUUUAUCUACCUGUUCAGGGAUCUUCACCCUUGUAUUGGGCUUCACAAAUGAUCGUUGUCACAACUCCUGUUUGCUCAUGUUAGGGUUCCCAUUUCCCAUCCUGCAAUUUCCCCCUAUAUCUCUGGGAAGUUUGUGUUUAGUUUUCUUUUUCUAUCUCCUUAGCCUGCAUCAUUUUUUAAAGAGAACCACUGUUGGGUUUGUACGCCACUUUCAAUCUGCUUGCUUCACAGUGACGGGAAGAGCUUCUGUUUGUGAAUCUCAAGUGACAACAGCCUUGCUUCCCACGUUCCCAUCAGGUUAGAAACCCAGGACUCCAGACAAUCAUCCGUGACUGUUUUUCACCAACACUUUACCACACUAUUUCUUCCUCAUGCAAAAUCCCCAGUGUCUGUCCACCAAAAUGUUAGAGCUGAAAGCAAACACUUUCCCAAUGCUGGUUUUCUAGCAUCCUUCCUGCCCCUCCAGUCUCUCCAGAAUCUAGUCAUCACAGCAGAAGGCCUCGCCGACCACAGCUUCAGGAAGAGAUGAACUGAGAAACUGUCAAUUCCCAUCUGGAAUAUAUUUAAUGUUCGCCUGCUUGUGGAAGGCAGUAUUUAAAGGGUGUGAAUGGAUGAAUGCUAAAAAAAAAAAAAAAAAAAAAACGUACAGGCUGUAUGAGAAAUGAUUAGAUCUGCCUUUGAUUUUUUUUAAAUGAAUUUUAUUUCUUAACAGUGAACUGUAUUUAGAAAAAUAAUCAUCUUCUUUAUUGUCAAAUGCUCAUAAAAUGCAACUAAACUGCACGUUUGGCCAGAGGCUAGGGUAAUAUAUUAACAGAAUGAAUUAAAGGUAGUAAUAUCUGGGAUUUCUGAGACUAUUCUAAAUAUUUGACAGCAAAACACACAAUAAUUUGUAUUUUAUCUCGGUCUGCUAAAGCAGAUCAAUUUGUAAAAUAAUUAUUCAUCAUAUUUUCAAAACUUGGACUACUACCACAGGACUAAAUAUGUACUCUGUAUGCCCAGAUUAUAUUUUUCAAAGAUAAGACGUAAGAAGGCACUGUUGUUCCUAAUGUAUCUUUUAGUUAUUGAUAAAAAAACUAAAGAUUCACUGUCUAAACAAAACUUAUGCUCAAAACCUAACAGAAACGCCAUUUUGGGGUGUGAAAUUUGCUAUAUAUAGUUUUGCAAAACCUCUUCAUGUUUCCUGGGGAAAAAGAUCUUUGGACACCUCCUCAACCAUUUAGCAGAAAUAUGGACGUGCAUUUUUUUGUACCCUGGUAAGCAGAACUUAGAAGAGGACUUACUGGGUUGCUCCUGUCUUUGGAAAGCAGUGGGAAGAAAAGUCUGCUGUGGAAAGUAGUGUCGGGAGGGCAUGCAUUUUAAUUUAGGAAAAUGCCUCCUCCCUUCCCAAUCCAGAGGGAGAAAUUCUAAGUUUUACUGUGCCAAAGGGUACGGAGCUACAAAGGGAAUGCUGUCUUCUCUCUCCUGAGAUAAUUUCGACACCUGCCACAGAAUGAAUCGACCAACCGACGUAAUUUCUACUGUAUAAACUCAGACAAGUGUGUCCAUAGCCACGCAGGUAAAUAAUAGAUGCACACUGGCAUGGGGAGCGGAGGGGUUGCCCCACCAAACACCAGGCAAAGGGCACCCUGGUCUGGUCAUGCUGCCUUUCCAGGGUUCAUAACUACUGUUGGCCCUGUGAGCCCUGUAUCCAGGCAUGCAAGGGAAGAUAUUCACCAUGGCUAGGUGCCAGGCAUCUCCUUGGGUUGACAACAGAUCCCUCAUCAUACUCUGGUGUCACCUUCUCCCUCUCUUCCCCCACUGCAGCCUGUCACAGAGAGAGACAGCAGCCUCAUUGUGCAACCUUACAUCUUUCAGAUAACCUUCCUGAAAAGGAAAAUUAUUUGCAGGAAUCCAGGCCAAACAAUUAGUAGAACAGAGCCAUCUAAAGCUAUUAAUAAUGAAUUCAGGGAAAUAGAUGAAAUUUUUCCUGGCACAGUCAGCAUGUAUGUUUCACAACAAAUCAAAAAAUAACUUUCCAUUUGAGAAAAAGAAAAAACCGUGACCGUUGUUGUUGAAUAAAAUGUUGAACUUCACGGGCUCCUUCAACAAAUCUUAACUGCUUUAGGGACUCAUAGAAAAAAAGACCCUUUUACACAUCCCCCAGGGACCUCAGUAUUCUUUAUGAGAUCCCCAGAGCAAGUGCCUUGGGGAAUUUCAUGUGUUGUGGCUGUUUUUAUUUGCCAGUGACUAGUCAUAUCCUUCAGUAGCUACGUUCGUUAUUGAUAACAGGUCCAUGUAACGGCUGAACUAGUAUUCAAAUAGUCAUGGAUGUGACACUAUGAAGUACUUUUGAUAAGAUUAUAAUAUGCUUAAUAACAAAGUUAUUUUUUAUA